AUGGCAGAACAAGACCGCUACCAAUCCCACCUGGGAGUCAAUACAGACAAGAUUCCCACCCCAAGCAUGCCCGCGACGUCGGGUGCCGAGCAGGACCGCUUCGGUGGCUGGUUCGGAGGCAAGGCAGACAAGGCCACCGACGCCGUCAAGCAGAACUUCCCUCAAGGACCAGGCGGCGCCGAGCAGGAGCGCUACGGCGGCUGGUUCGGCGGCGACAAGCUCCCUUCCAUGGAGAAGCUCGGCGAGCGCCUGCCUCAUGUCUCCGGAGCCGAGCAGGACAGGUACAACGCCCACUUUGGCGGCCACGAGCUCCCGUCCAUGGAGAAGCUGGGCGAGAGGCUUCCCAAGGUCUCUGGUGCCGAGCAGGACCGGUAUAACCGCUGGUUCGGCGGCGACAAGGGCCCAAACGCUCAAUGGUUCAAGGAACACCUCCCUCAGACCUCCGGAGCCGAGCAGGAUCGUUAUGAGAGGUGGCUAGGAGGCAAGGCCGAGAACGUUGCUGAGAAGGUUGAGAGGAAUAUCCCCAAGACCUCCGGCGCCGAGCAGGACCGCUUCGGUGGUUGGUUCGGAGGUGACAAGCUCCCCUCCGCCAGCGAUGUGAAGAACGCCAUCCCUCAAGCCUCCGGAGCUGAACAAGACCGCUACGCAUCCCGCUUCGGCGGCAAGGCUCCGGAUGUCUCCAGUAGACUCCCCCGAGUCUCCGGCGCCGAGCAGGACCGCUACGGCACGCACUUCAACCUGCACCCCAGCAACCCCGUCAACAGCGCCACGACCACAACCGUCGGCCUCCUCCAAAACGCCCUCCUCCCCUCCUUCGCCCUCCACGCCGGCCUCAGCACCGUCGCAUAUGGCGUCGCCCGGUACACCAACCGCGCCGAGGCCAAGGACUGGCUCUGGCCGACGGGCCAGGUCGCCAACGCCUGGUGGACCGCCGUCGGCACCCGCGUCGUCUACGACGGUCUCUCCGUCCCCUCCGCCUGGAACUCGCUCGGAUACACCCAGAAGCUCCUCCUGACGGGCGUCAGCGCCUGGGGCGCGCGUCUGUUCUACCGCAUCGCGACGCGCAGCGUCAAGCGCGGCAAGGACGACGCCCGCUACGUCACGGCCAAGCAGAAGGACCCCAAGUUCUGGGACAAGGCCUUCUUCACCAUGUUCCUGCCCGAGGCCGCUUUCCAGGCCAUCAUUGCCCUGCCGUUCACGCUUCCCUUCCAGGCUCCAUUGACGAGUGCCCGCGCGUCCGGAUUCACCGCUUUCCCUGAGACGUUCCACAGCUUGGCCGUGUUCCUGUUCACGACCGGUUUCGCCCUGGAGACCCUUGCGGACUCCCAGCUCGAGACGCACUCCAGAAAGAGCGUCGACCUGAACCGCGAGGGAGUGUGGAGCAUCGUCCGCCACCCUAACUACCUCGGCGACGCCCUCUGCCACCUCUCCUUCCCCGUCCUCCUCUACAGCGCCGGCAUGCUGCACCCGCUCGCCGCCCUCGGCCCCAUCUUCAACUACGUCCUCCUCCGCUACCUCGGCGGCGACAAGGAGAACGAGGCGAGCCAGGAGGAGCGCUACGCCAAGGAGAACCCCGGCAAGCUGCAGCAGCUGAAGGCGUACAAGCGCGAGAAGAACAGCUUCUGGCCGAGCGUCAAGGAGCUGAACAACAACUGGCUGUGGAUCGUGGCCGGCGCCGGCGUCGUGGGCGCCGUCGUCGAGAGGAGCCUGCUGGCGUACUUCAACUGA